AUGUAUUUAUCCGAUGAAUAAUUAGUUUUUAGACAAAUUGAUCUGUUCGGAUAAAAUAUUUCCUUGAAUUUAAAUGGAGAAGAUCAAUACAAAACAGGUGGAGGAGGUUUUUUAUCUUGUUUGAUUGUGGCCAUCGUUGCGAUAUUUUUUUAAUCAAACAUCAUAGAUUUCUUAGGAAAGACUAAUAUCGCUGCAGAUACUUAAAUAGUAUUCGAAGAAAAUCCUGAUAGGAUCAAAUUUACCUCAGAUAAUUUUAUGUUUGCUGUUGCAAUCGAAUAAAGUACACCUUUCAAUACAAAUCCAUUUUUUAACAUUACAAUAAAAGCAAGAACAUAUGUGAGAUUGAGUAAUGGAACAACAAUUAAAUACGAAAAUCUUACUAACCUGAUUCCAUGUACCCUAGAUAGAUUUCAAAAAAUAUUCGAUAAAUAUGAUCUUAAUUUCACAGAUCAAUACAAUCAAUUAGGAUUGUCCACUUGGCUCUGUCCAGAUCUUAAUUACUCGAUAACAGUUGGUGGAAGAUAUUCGAGUGAGUAUUUGGAUUUUGCCAAAAUUGAAAUAUCCGAUUGUAAAAACGAUACUUCGAAAAAUGCCAACCUUACUUGGCACCCAAAUUGUGCAUCCAAAGAUGUAAUGGACAAAUGGAUAUCAAGUGAAGGUUCUUACAGAAUAAGAAUGUAUUUCGAUUGUUUUUCAUCUAGAUACAUGACCAAUACAGUAGUGAAUCCAUCGAAACCAACCGAUUACAUUUAAGGCUAUCUGGAUGACGAAGUCUAUUUUUAAUUUGUUCCUUUUAAAUUGUCUCGUUAAUCAGAUAUAUUUUUUAAAAAAUACCAAAUAAACACUGAUUAAAGUUUAGUUCCAGUAUUUGAUGAUGAACAAGUUGAAAAUGUAUUUAUGAAAGAACCAGCAGAUUUUAGAGAUAUAACCACUCUAGGAUCAGCAACAGAUAAAUAAUAUAUAGCUUUGUAUUUUCGAAGAAGUCCUUACACAAAAUAUAUCACAAGAUAAUUUUAAAAAGUAGAUGACCUAUUGUCAUACUUAGGAGGAUUUGUGAAUAUAGUUGUCGUAUUUUUAGGCUUCUUUGUUGCAUUCUACAACAGAUAACAAUAUCUAAUAGAACUAGCAAACAAGGUUUAUGACUUCAAUUUUGAUAAUAGUAAAAAUUCUUAAAAGAUUCGGAAUGAUGACUUGGUUAAGAAAAUCACCUAGAUCAAGAAAAAGACACAAACGCCUAAACUGUUGGAGCUACAAGAUUCAAAUCUGCCCAUUAAUAAAAAAUCUCUCACUCAACCUUUACAAGAUGACGAGAUUCGAAUACAAGUCAUGAAUGAAGAGACUCCCCAUAAUACGACAAAUUAAAAGCAAAUGAUUAAAAAUACGUCAUCAGAAAUCAAAUCAGAAUUUCAAAGGUAAUAAGAAGAAAUUGUAUCAAAACUUGGUUUUAAGAGUCGGAAAGAAUACUUGACAUCCCAAAUAUCUUAAGUUCUUACAAGAGCACAACCCAUUCAAUUUACUUUCAAGUUCCUGUGCCAUCAAAUAACAGGAGGGAGAUGUUUUAAAGACAAAACGUCUAUACUUCUCAUGAAGGCAGUAGAUAGGAUUAAUUCUGAUAUUGAUAUCUAUGUAAUCUUGGAAAAGGUUAAGGAAAUCAAUCUAUUAAAAGACUUAAUAUUAGAUAAAAAUUAGUAAAUUCUAUUUAAUUUUGCCCCCAAACAGACAAUUGCUCUAAACGAACAGAAAAAGCUACCUAGUAGAGUCGAAGUCUAUACAUAAAAAUUGACAGAAAAUUCGAAUUCCUCUAUGUCGGUUGGCCAAGUUGCUUAGUUGGCUAUGAAACAAUUCUCGGAGGCUAAAAAGGCAAACCUUCCUAUAUCUAUCAAAGCGUAUCAAAAGCUCUACAAGGCGUAUGAUAAAGUGAAUGAUCCUCAAAAGGAAUUAGGGAGAAUGAAUGAAAUACUGAUUGAAAAGUUAGGGAAGGAAAUACGAGAUAUUUUUGAGGUUUCUUAAUUUAUAGAUUUCGAUCUCGUGGAAUAAAAACUGAGUCACAGAAUCAAAUACAUUCUUAGAAGAAAAGUAAAAUAGAUGAGACAGAGCAAAUCAAGAUCUUAACUGAAAAAGGAGUUUGACGAUGAAUCCUCAGAGAAUUUUGGCCUUUUUAGUUAAGAGAGGAAUAAUAAAGCGGAUAAUAGUGGAAUAUUGUAAAGAGAAAUAUUAUUUCCUCAUAGAAAUUUUUGA